CGCAUCUCCCUCCCUCUAUCCUCAUUUACAAUAACUACCCUGUCGUGGCCCUAAUUAAAUUUUUUUUCCAACCCUCGAAUAAUUCGUCAAUACCUCGUCGCGUCUUGACGAUUCUGAUGCAAUCUCCCGAGAACACCCUAGCCAAUACUUCUCUAAGCAAAAAGGUCUUCGACCUUCUCGCACAGGGGCUGGCCCCAGUAAGGGUAGCUAGGCCAACUAGCCACCCAGUCGGCUCCUGCAGGCUGGAAAGCAGUCGAGACGCAGAAACCCCGUAGUGUUUACGAAGCGAGCCAACUCCGUGUAGGAAGGCCGGGGGUGUCUAUAGUCACGUCAGCUACAUAGUCGGCUACCCUACGCCACCCCCGACAAUCGACGUUCGCCGUUUGCGUUUAUCGAACGAUUGCGCGCGCACGAAAUCGUAAGGGGCGUACGUCUUGGGGCACGGAGAGGCCGGAGCGGCGCACUGGCAGCGAGGUGCGACAGGAGUUUGCAGCUCUACCCAGUGUAUCCGAGAGUCUAACGGGUACAUCGGAGCCCUGCUAGAUCGAAAGUCUCAAGAUCAUCAGCCGUCCGGAGGUUCGUUCGGCGAUCAUCCGCAAGGAUAAAUAUUGGAGUCGACGGGAGAGUCGGAGUAAGGAAAAGGAAAAAAAAAAGAAAAAAUAGAAAAUAGUAGCGCCUCGACGAUCCCAACGAAGAAGACGAGCCAGUCUAGUUUUGGGUAUUGAUCGGGUCAGCCGUCGGCCAUAUUCGUUCCCGCGCUCUCUUAGCGCAAGAGAGCGUGCGGAAGCGGCGCUUUCCUGAACGCAGGAAGAAGGCAGCAGGCUGGGAGGUCGGCUGAGCGAAGUGGUGGGUCCCGUCGUGGAGGAGGCCAUAGAGCCAGGGGAUGCGACCUCGCUGACGGGACCCUCACGGGAGACGUCCGUACCGCGAGCGCCUCCGCCACCUCCGCGAAUAACAUCUCCGAGCCCAGCCCGACCGCCACCUCCACCACCUCCGCCGCAAGUCACGGUCCAGCCUCCCGUACCGGUUCUGACCCAGACCGGGACCCAGACUCAAUCAGCCCAGCAGACCGAGUCCACGCGCAACCCAAACAUGGGUACCGUCCUGUCGUUCAGUCCCAGGGACCGACGGGGUUCCGUCUAUCCUCCGACCAGUCAUCAACAUCCGGCAGACUUCACCCUGAACAACUUCAACUACGAGCAGUUGAACAACGCCAAGAACAGGGAGAACAAGAGCGUCGCCUCCGUUGCGCCUGCGCCGACGAAACAGCCCAACAACAAUUCCUUGCAGAACAACAACAUAAACCUGAACAACGACAACGCGCGCAUUAUAUCCGAGAAGAAUGCACUCGAGAAGAAUCUCAAGAAACACUCGCUCUUCAUCAAUGCACUAUCAUGGAAGCGGUUUAGCACUACCAACAACAAUAAGAAGAAGCUCGACAACAGGAACAAGAACAACACCUUCAGACAGCCUCUUGACAACAUUCCCAUCGUCGACAAGAACAAGAAUAUACAGACGCCGCAGGUCAGUUUGAGUAUUAAAAAUAUUUUUUCAAAAUUUUUUAUCAGCAAAAUAUUUCCUUACCCCCACCUUUUCUCAUGCCUUUUACCUAUUUCAACCCAGACAAAGCCACCGGCAUCGAACAACAAUCACACGUCGCACAAUCACACGUGCGACAAACUGGUGCAGAAGCCUCUACCCCCAGGACCGAGGAAAACCGUAAUCCAGGCGUCCACCUCAGAAUUGCUCAAGUGCCUCGGCGUUUAUCUUCACGGGAAGUGCACGCGGUUGCGUGAUUUCCAAGCGGGCGACGCGGUGAUGUGGCUCAGGACCGUCGACAGGAGUCUCCUCCUCCAGGGCUGGCAGGAUGUCGCAUUUAUAAAUCCGGCCAACGUGGUGUUCGUGUACAUGCUGGUGAGAGAGCUUGUCGACGGGGACGAAGUGUCGGAGAGAGAACUCCAGGCGACGGUCCUGACGUGCCUGUACCUGAGCUACAGCUACAUGGGCAACGAGAUCAGUUAUCCCCUUAAGCCGUUCCUGGUGGAAGAUAACAAGGAUAAAUUUUGGGAUCGAUGUCUCCUCGUCGUAAAUCGGCUGAGCUCCAAGAUGCUGCGCAUCAACAGCGAGCCAGGAUUCUUCACGGAGAUCUUCACCGAGUUGAAGGCUUGCGGAACCGGCGAACGUGGGAGCCUAUCUGGAAGUGGACUGGACCGGAGCCUCGUCGUCUCCGGAGUCGCGGUUCCCACCAAGGCAGCUUGACGGAGCUACACACACCUGCUGGUGCGCAUCGCCAGGCACGGCUG